AUGAACGUCCUCUUUCAUUUCCAUAUGUGGCUAAUGUCGUGCGUGUGAAUGUUGAGCGUGAAUCCGGGUGUAAAAUCGCACUCAAAUAAGUGCAACAAGGUUUGCGGGAUCCAACAAGGUUUCUUUCAUCCAAGAUGACGUCACAAAGCCCGACUUCAUUGAUGUUGAGAACAGCAAUGGAUUAUAGUUUUUCAACGUUUCCCAGGAGCAGGUUGUUCGUCAGGCAAGCAGGCCCGGAAGUUUGAUAACCUGUUUUUCAUAAACAGUGCUAAACUCUGGCAAAACUAUGGCGUCAGUCAAUCAUUCACUGUCAUAUCUUCAGCGCAGUCCCUUCAUGGGGUCGCUAUCCAAAGCUGGUGACCACAGAUGGCAAUGGGUAAAAGAUAGUUCUGCCCUUUAGCUCAGCUCUUCCUCAACUCUGGAUGGUACAACGCCCCGCACUGCCAAUCUCUCACUCCAUUCCGCAUUUAUUUUACAGAUGUUGAUGUUGUAUGUAUGUUGUUGUAUUCAUUUCAAUCUUAAUUCACGUGUAUAUUGUUAUCAUGUGAAUAUAAUUGUCUAUGAGACGCGUUUUUGGUUGAUGGUGUCCUGCAAGAACAAACCGUGGGCAAAAUUAGUCAUCUCCUCUGUUUACAUUGAGACCUGUCAAGAGUAAUGAAAACGUUCUUUCUUUUUCUUUUUUAACCCGUGUUGUGCUCUGCGACGACUCUGUCCCUGUAGUUUGCGCCACUUACUCGUGGUGCAUUUCAAUCGCGCCGCUAUUUGUGGAAGGGUGAAGAAGACGAGCGAGGCCGCUUUAAAAAUGAAACGAAAGAGGAAGUAAAAGUUUCAACGAGUGAAGUUCGACGAAAGGUACAAGUCCAAAGUAAAUCGCAGUCGUACAUCGAAUUCAGUGUCCAGUGUUCAGACCUCAAGAUGUCAUCGGAUUUAACCUUCUACAUCCUCAUCAUAAAACCUGAGAUUCCAAGGCACCUGGAUGCAGGUCUAAUCUGCUACUGUCGCACGUCCCAUGUCAAAUCAAGGUUACACAGCCAAAACACCAAAAUACGAGUCAUACCCUGUGGAGCAAGCACAUCUUUGGAUUACAACGUGGAGUUGACGCUUUUGGAGGAAGUGAGCGAGAAGGUUGCCGGGCUCCUGCUGGCAUUAGAGUGUGACUCAGACAGGCUAAAGUGGUUUGAUGAAAGGAAGGCUCUGGCAUGGGCAGAGACCAUCUCACCUGGACAUGAAGUGGCAGUGGAGCACGGAGGAGGGACAAUGCACGGCGUCGUCCGCUUCGUCGGUCACUUGUCUCCUCCGAAAUACCCUGCGGUAAUUGCCGGAAUACAUUUUGGAAUCAAACUACAGGGAGACUGGAAGCAUAAACUUGUUGAAAGCUUUCAAAUGGUCUUCUCGAAGAAAGAAUGCGAUGUGAUGGUUCCGUUCAACAAAAUAAGACCCUGGUUUCCAGACACGCCGCCGCUCUCAGCUCCUUCUCCCACCACGCCGACUGAGAAGUUCGAGUUUGGCGACAGAGUCACGUAUGUGGACAACCUGGAGCAACAUCACGGCAUGGUGGUCAGCGUGGAGGAGCAUCAUGGAACUCAGAUUGCUCGAAUUGCCACGGAUGUGGACGAGAACGGGAUAAUGGUUGGUGAACUGAAGGUUCCGCUCCAGUUCAUCUGGAAGAGCGUUGUGCCAGCAGAGCCGGAGAAGAUGGACCUGGAUCCGCCUGCAGCUGAGCUGAGCAACAGCCUGACCGUCAACACGAUGGUCCAGAUUUCUUUGAAGGACCGGCGUGUGCAUGGAAUAAUACGCUGGGUCGGGAAGCUUGAGGGUGUUUCAGAUGAGAUGGCGGGAUUGGAACUGGAUGAAGACGUCGGUGUGUGCGACGGCACCUUCAAAAGCAGGCGUUACUUCGUAUGUCCGGACAAAAGAGGAAUAUUCGUGAAACUAUCCUCUUGCUCCGUCGACUCCCGAUUCCAGGCCCUUGAAGAUUCCGCUCACAGCGAGUCGAUGCUCAAGGACAAAGAACAAGACUUCAACAAAGAACCACGGCGGUUGGACCCAGUUCCUCCAGUCAGCACAGAACAAGUGGACCACAUUCUAGUUGGGCAGAUGAAGGGGAUUCAGGGCCACUGCAACUCCUGUUACAUGGAUGCUGCCCUCUUCAGUUUGUUCUCCUGCUCCUCUGCUCUGGACUCCAUGUUGUUCAAGCGCACAGAAGCGAAAGACGCUGCCAUUCAGGAAACGUUGCUGCACGACAUCGUCAACCCGCUCCGCAGUAACGGUUUCGUGAAGGCAGAUCACAUCAUGAAGCUUCGGGAGCAGCUGCAGAAACACGGAUACAGCAGAACGUUCACCACAGAGGAGAAAGACCCAGAGGAGUUUCUCACCAUCGUCAUGCAGGACAUUUUGGCUCUGGAACCUCUGCUGAAGCUCUCUGCAGGAGGGAAGGUGCAGGAGAGCUACUGUUACCAGAUCUUCCUGGACCAGAACCACAGUCUGGUGCUGCCGACCGUCCAGCAGCUGCUCGACUUCUCCUUCCAAACGUCGGGACUGUGGCUGGCUGAGGUUCCCUCCUGCCUCAUCCUUCAGAUGCCUCGCUUCGGGAAGAAGUUCAAGAUGUUUGAGAAGAUCUUUCCGUCGCUGGAGCUGGACGUCACCGACCUGCUGUCCGAUGGUCCGAUGCGGUGUGUGGUCUGUGGAGGUCUGGCUAAAGUGGAGUGCCGGGAUUGUUCCAGAGAUCUGGUUUUCGGUCGAGCCGGGUUGAGGAACUUCUGUGAAAUCUGCACCCAUCAGGUGCACACCCACCCGAAGCGGUCCUCCCACCGCCCUACCAACCUGGAUCUUCCUCAGAAUUACCUGAUCCAUGGGUCCUCGUCCAUACUGACCCGAGACAGACUGGAGCUGUUUGCCGUUCUCUGCAUAGAGACGAGUCACUACGUGUCCUUCAUCAAACACGGACCCGGGAUCCGAGACUGGAUCUUCUUCGACAGCAUGGCUGACAGAAAAGGAGAGAGCGAUGGCUACAACAUUCCAGAGGUGCAGCGGUGUCCCGAGGUCGGCGUCUACCUGGAAAUGUCCCCCGACGAGCUCGCCAAUGAGGUGCCGCGGGACAUGAAGGGCGUGGCGAAGCGACUCUUCUGCGACGCCUACAUGUACCUCUAUCGGAGCGCCAACAUGUGCCUGUAUCGUUAAAGGUUGUGGAGAGAAAAUAUUUCUCUUCAAGUCAAUGCUGAAUUGAUUGUGAGAUUUGAUAAGAUACAUAGAGUUUUCAUUCCUGUUGCUGUACAAAGAACCAAACGGCAAAGCUGAGGUCUAGUUUCUUUGUCUGGGUGAUGGAUAAAUGGUUGUGUAAGUUGUCAAUUGUUUCAAGAAUAUAUUUCCAUGUGUUGUUGAUUUGUCCAAAUUAUUAUCACAAUUCUCUCAAUUUUCUGUUUGGGCUUUUUUUUUUUUUUUCUUUA